AUGCCGUGCCCCGCUUUUCAACCAAACCAGUUGAUUACAGAAAUUUAUGAUGAUGAACAUGAUUUUGUUGAUGUGGAUAUCAUUGUUUUACAUGAUGCUGAUGCAUCAUCACUUUUACCAACAGCUGUUCCUGCUGAUAAAGAAUAUGACGAUUCUUUACCUAUUUUUUCUUCAUCAACCAAUGAUGAAAAUAAUCAGAUUCUCAAAGCUUUACACAAAACACAUGCUUUAGUUGUUCGAACACGAAAGUUGGUGAAACUUAUGCGAAAUGUUAGUGCUAUUGAUCAAUAUGUUCGUAAUCAUCAAGAUGGUCCAAAAAAUGGCUUUGUUAUUGAUAUUCGUGUAAGUUUUAAGAAUUUUUUUAAUCUAUAUACAACUCAUAUAAGCACAUUCUCAAAAUUUGAAAUCAACUGAUUAAAAUUCACGAAAUUCUCACAAAUUCUUUCGUUGUUUAGACAAGAUGGAAUAGUAGUUUUUAUAUUCCCUAGACUGAAAGGCUAGGGUCUAGAAACCUAAAUUUUCUGUGUUUGGAUCGGUGACGUCUGUGUUUGCAUCGGUGACGUCUGUGUUUGCAUCGGUGACGUCUGUGUUUGGAUCGGUGACGCCUGUGUUUGGAUCGGUGACAUCUGUGUUUGGAUCGGUGACGUCUGUGUUUGGAUCGGUGACGUCUGUGUUUGGAUCGGUGACGUCUAUGUUUGCAUCGGUGACAUCUGUGUUUGUAUCGGUGACGUCUGUGUUUGGAUCGGUGACAUCUGUGUUUGCAUCGGUGAUGUCUGUGUUUGGAUCCGUGACAUCCUUGUUUGAAUCGGUCGCAGAGGUUGUUUGUGCAUUUUGAUCUGGUCUUCGAGGUAAAUUUGGCCUUUUCGUGGAUUUUCUAGCUACAUGCUCUAUUCUAUUGUUUGCCAUUUUUUUCUAGCUAAUUUUCAAAAUAUCGUAAGCUUUAUCUGUCUUUUAAAUAUCAGUCUUCCCUGAUCUGAUUUCAGUUUUCGUGUUUUAUCGCGCUUUUUUCUUAAUUUCACUUUCGAGUAUCUCAUCAUAAAUAGUUUAGU